ACAAUGUAGGGCAGCCUGGUCACCAGUGGGUCUCCAUACUGUUCUCUGGGGGGGAGCAUGGAGCCAGAUGGGCAACUCAGAACCCCAGGGACCAGCUAUGGGUCCCCACCCGUCUGCUCAGAUCAAGAUCCGGCCAACCCCACCUUCUUCGCCUGCGACUUGGGGACGUCGUGUUCUUCAAACCCGGGAGGUGGACCGACGUCUGGACAAAGCCCGUGGGACCAAGCCGGAGAGGAGAGGUCCGAGCAGAGCGAGGACUCUCAGCCUGCUGCCCAGGAGAGAUUCAAGACUUCAGCCUUUCCCUCCUCCCUCAGCUGGGACUCUGACUCCGAGAAAGAAACACUAGACGAGGAGGAGCUACAGAACUUUUCUAACCCUCACGGUCUGGCUGCUCACAGCCCAGGAUCUCCCUCAACUGGACUCAGGCCUGAUAGCGAAGAUGAUCCUGAAUGUGAGAAACUGCAGCACUUCCAUGCAGAUGACCCUGAGGAGGAGCACAGCGACAAUAAUGAGAGCAGAACGACAGAGGAGCCAAAUACGUGUGAGCUCGGCCAAAAGGAAUCGGCAGAAGGCAGAUGCUGGAACGCAUCGGAGCCACUUCUGCUCAAAGUAAAACCAAAAGAAGGUUGCCAAAUGGAGGAGGAGGAGGUCGACAGUAGCGAGGGAGAGACGACGAGGCCCAAGGGGAAAGAAAGUACGGAGCUCGAACGAGAUGUUUACACCUUCCCUGGAGACUCGGACCCUGAGAGUCCCCCUCCUGCCCCCUGGGCUCAUUGCACUUUUAUCCAGAGGUGCAGAAAGAAGAGGGUGCUGCUCAGACCCUUCUCUGGACUCGGCAUCUCGAAGCACCCGUUGCCAGAGACCGUCAAGUUGGCAACGCCGGGACCUCAUAAAUCUAUACCCGAUGAGACGGCACCGCUGAGCCCAGAGGUCUGCGAUUCAGAGGGAGUCGGCUUCGGAGAGGGAGUCGGCUUCGGAGAGGGAACGGCGGAGACGACGAGAGAAAAUGCCGAGGAAGACGAUGGAAGAGAGGAGUCGGGGGCAGAAGUCUUCACCUGUGUGGAGUGUAGCAUUUACUUUAAAAAGCAGAUUCACCUGCAGGAGCACAUGAUGGAGCACUGUCAGAGUGGAGGCAGGCGCUCGGGAAAGGGCAGCCGUUUGCAGUGCGUGGAGUGUGGUUGGACCCUGCCCAACCGCCAAGCCCUGAUGGACCACCACAGGAAGCACCAGGAGUCCCGUCUGAAGAUCCUGGAGGAGAUUGAAAAACUGAACGAUAAAGAAAAGGCAGCUGUGGCACAACACACGGGCCUGUUCUCAAGUCCAGACGAGGAGUCGGAGCCUGAAAUGGUCCAAUCACCACCUUCGUCCCCGGCUUUAGUGGCAGCACAGGACACGGAUUCAGCAGUCAUAGAUUUGGACGUGACGACUCUGAAUUCAGAUAGAAGUCCUGCUCACGCACGAACCGCCUCAGGCUACCGCCGCCGCUUCGUCUGCACCGAGUGCAACUUCAGCACAAAAACAGCCCAGGCUCUGGCGAACCACUCCAAGACUCAUAACAGAAAGAAACUCCUAAACCGGGCGUCCAACUCCCUGGCGUGCGGCCACUGUGCCUUCCUGACCACAAGCCCAACCAGACUGAAGGAACACCUUACAGUCGUUCACUUCGAACCGGUGUCCGUGGGUGGACAGCGGGACGAUGAAACCAGAAAACCUUCAAGAUCUAAUCCUCGUGCACAGCUGUCAAAAGAGUCUCAUUGCCUUCUCGAGCCCAAGACCCGGCACGACGCAGCUCAAGGAACCACCGCAUCUGAGGAAACGACCACACCAGACGACGACGCAUCUCGAGUGGACUACAACUGCGAAGGGAGUUCCGGUGCAGGAGGGAGGACUUCCACUGAGCUGUCCCAGUUUGAUCCGGAGGUGGAGGAUGACAGGCUGACUGGGACCGAAGAGGAAGAGCAGGAACAAGAUCACAGCCGAGGCUUUAAUCCAUCCCAGCAAGAGGCAGACUCCCAAAUGGGAGGCAGGCUGCACAGCAGAGCUCAGCGCCACACCGAGAACUCUUCUGCUGCGUCAUCAUCACCUGCCAAGCAGGGCUCAAAGCACAAAGAGGAAACCGAGAAAGAAAGGAAGGUUUUCUUCUUGAGGAGGAGGAGCAACAGGAUUUCUGCCGCCUCUCCCCAAACUGACAGCGACGACGAUGACGAGCGUGCGCUGCGCUUCCUGUCGGAGGGCAUGCUGGAUGAAGUCGAGAUGGAUGACGAAGCGCUCAGGAGUGUAGAGAGGAAGUGCCCAUACUGCCCUGAUCGAUUUCAUAACGGAAUCGGGCUGGCCAAUCACGUGCGAGGACACCUGAACCGGGUGGGGGUGAGCUACAACGUGCGUCACUUCAUAUCCCCCGAGGAGGUCAACGCGAUUGAGAAGAAGUACUCCUAUCAGAAGAAGAAGAAGAAAGUUGCCAACUUCGACCCGGACACCUUCAGUGUGAUGCACUGUGAGUUCUGCAGCGCUGGCUUCGAUACCCGGGCCGGCCUGUCCAGCCACGCCCGCGCCCACCUCCGAGACUUCGGCAUCACCAACUGGGACGUGACCAUCUCGCCGAUCCACAUUCUGAGGGAGCUGUUCUCCAGCAGGCCAGACCUGGCGAUCCCCACGGCACCCCCGCGCAGCUAUGAAAGCUCCUCGGAAGAGGAGGAGGAGGAGGGAGUUCUGGACGAGGAUGAGAAUGACUCUGAAGAGGGAGGGAUAAUCCAGGUGAAGCUUGAAGGGGAGGCGAGCGACAGGAGCCUCAGCCCUUCAGGUUCUGGUGUCCUGCCUGCAGCACGUCGUCGGCGCUCUCAGAGGAAGGACGGAGAGGGUGAGUUUAAUCACGGAUACGUUCCUGAAAGCAUUAACACUGAGGAUUUAUUUUUUUAAUUACACCUUUAUUUAACCAGAUAAAAACCCAUUGAGAUCAAGACCUCUUUCACAAGGAUGACCUGGCCAAGAACAGGCGGCAGCAGCACACGCCAUAAAAAACAAAACAAGGAGCAAGAUUAUGAAGACUUCAGAAAUAUAUAAAAAUAUAAAACAUACAGUAUAACAGUAAAUGUUAAUAAUUAUUUAAAACAAUAACAAUUUAAGAUCUAAAACACA